UGUUUUGAUUUUUAGUGAAAUGGUGAUUAAGAACAAAAUUUUGUGUUCUCUUUUAACCUGGCCCGCCCAUGAAUUUCUUGGUAGGUCCGGGAGACUAAGAGCAUCUUCACUCUUUUCCUAUAUUUCAUUCGGUGCAUCCCCAUAUGGGGAGACGCGGACGCAACAAUUUGUUUGGGAUGGAGCCGGCACCCAGCCGCACCCCAAACAUCGCUCCCCAAAUUUGGUUUGUCUCACUGAUAGUGGUGUCCCGUGCUGCUUUUCAGCUUCAGCCGGCGCCCCCGCUAGCCCUCCUACGGGUAGGAAGUGGAUUGGGGGCGCCGGCUAAAUUCUUGUGCCACGCCGACUGCUUUAGUGAAGUGGACUGGGUGGGUUUUUCAGCGCCGGCGCCCCCAUUUAGCGUUUGGGGGGCCUUUAGCGGCCCGGAGGGAGAUGCUCUAACAAGCAUAUUGGGGGAGUUGCAACACAUAGCGAUAAAAAAAGAAAUACAAUUUGAAAAACCCGUAAAAAUUGUAAUCUCUCCGUCCCAAAAUAAGUGACGUGGAUUCGUAUAAUAUAAUUGUGAUAUGAAAGGAGUAUGUGUUCUUCUUCAAGGUUCUCUUGUCUACGUGGUAUCUGAAUUCAGGCCCUAACCCACGCUACAUGCAUACAACACAUCGUAGUGCGCAAGCUGGAACUAUAACCUAUGUUAUUGGCAAACGUGCCGGAACAUGCGUGAGAGUCAAGAACAACAAGGAAAUAAAAUCCCAGGUGUGACACCGGCGUGGGCUGCAUGCACGCCUGGGCUGCAAGCCAGCUGAGCUCAGUUCUCUUCUCAAAAUUGUAUGCGUUUUACAUCCCCAAAUGGAGGGCAGUAUGUGAUUGCAGCAUAUCGUUCGUUGUUGUUGCAAAUGCCAGUCUAUGACACGGAAGAAAAUCUCAGGUAAGACAUCUUCUUUGCUCGUAAACCAGCUCGUAGAUUUCGUGAAGCACUCCUGCACGAGCUGAAGAGAAUGAAAAACUUCCAAAAAUAUACAUUUUGGCCGCUGGUUCUAUUUCAUCCACGUAGCAAGAAGCUAGCCGAUACCAGUUUUUUCUUUUUCUUUUUUUAGUGUAAAAAACUUGCUAGCCAAAAUUGCCAUCUUCUUUUGGCCAAAAUUACCACAUUCCUGCCAUCGCUUGCCUCCUCCUUCCCGAAACUUUCCCCGCCUUGUCCCAUAGUCCCGUCUGCUGCCGCCUGCCGCCGUUGCCGCCUAUCCGCCGCCGCCGCCCUCCUCCCCUUCCGCUGCCCCCGCAUCCUCUUUCCCACGGUCGAUGCCCUUCUGUUCCUUGACGGCAGCCAAGUGAAGUUUUGAUGUCCUGUCGCCAUCUGGCAACCUCCAACGUGGCAGCCGACGGCGGCCCCCAUCCGCCCCAUCAUCACGGCCGCCUUGCCUACAAGAUUGUCUCCGUUUCUGCUUCUUCCUGACCCGAAGUGCCGACUCUGCUCCUCCCCGAGGAAGUGUCGUGAUUUCCUCCUCACCAAGUGCAAGUUUUGCAGGGCUUCCUAUGGCAACAGCUUCUCUGCAAAAAUCAGCUGAAGCUGGCUUCUGGAGAAUCUGCAGCCGAUAAGAAGGGGGCCAGAUAACAGUUCGGCUCCUCUCAAAUAGUGUAGCACAUGUCCGCACCAUGGCGGUUCUUCCUGUACUCUGCCACGAGCCCUGCCUAACACCUUUCCCCAUUCAAUAGGUUGUGUGCAAAGUCAGCAUGGACUCCCUUCAUCUUGUGCACGUCAAGCUUCUGGCUGCCGACCUUCUCUCACUAACUCUCCGACACACAUCGCCACCUUCCUUUGCCCAUCGUGGCCGUAUAGUUGCUCGUGCUGAGGUUGUCGGAGUUGUGGUUUCACGUGAUCGCAGGGAGAAGUUUCUCCGCUUCCUGAUUGACGAUGGUACUGGCUGUGUACCAUGUGUCCUGUGGCUGAACCACCAAUACUUGAAUGCAAACAGUUCAUCUGGGACACUAGAUACUGAUCCAACUGGAGAGAUGGCACUGCAAAUGUCAGAGGUGGUUCACCUUGGCACUCUGUUAAGGGUUCGUGGCAGGAUUGUCAUGUACCGUGGUGCAAUGCAGAUUGCUGUUAGAGAUGUGAUUCUGGAGAAGGACCCUAAUGUGGAGUUGCUACAUUGGUUACAGUGUGUUCACAUGGCCAAGGAAUGUUUUGAUUUUCCACUACCUCCUGCUUGAGACUUUCCUUGUAAGAUGAUCCAGCCUGUGUAUGAGAAAGGUUGUUAAUUAAAUGCAUUUUUAGCAUGACUGCAUUUGAUUUAAUUCUUUUAAGCAUUA